UAUUUUUCAAUAAAUGAUUUAUCGUUUCAUUGCGGGUAUGUUACAGUUAUAGUAUUCAAUUUUCGGAAAUUUGUUUAACACUGUUACAUUUAAAGUAGAUAUGUUUCGUACAACAUUAAUAAAAAGUGCACCGUGUGCUCGUUUUAUAACGACAACUCAAUGUCGUCAAUAUUCUAAUGCGCCGCCAUCUAAACUUGAGGUGUAUAUUGAUGACAAAAAAGUUCAAGUUGAUCCCGGUACAACAGUUUUACAAGCUGCUGCACUUGCUGGUGUAGAAAUACCUCGAUUUUGUUAUCAUGAACGUUUAGCAGUUGCAGGAAAUUGUAGAAUGUGUUUAGUUGAAGUUGAAAGAUCGGCAAAACCUGUAGCAGCUUGUGCCAUGCCCGUGAUGAAUGGUUGGAAAAUUAAAACUAACUCAGAAUUAACACGUAAAGCUCGAGAAGGAGUAAUGGAAUUUCUCUUGAUGAAUCAUCCAUUAGAUUGUCCUAUUUGUGACCAAGGAGGUGAAUGUGAUUUACAAGAUCAAAGUAUGGCAUUUGGUAGUGAUCGAUCACGUUUUGUUGAUAUUGACUAUAGCGGAAAAAGAGCGGUUGAAGACAAAAAUAUUGGACCUCUUGUCAAAACUAUAAUGACCCGUUGUAUACAUUGUACUAGAUGUAUACGUUUUGCUUCUGAAGUAGCUGGUGUUGAUGACUUGGGAACUACAGGCCGAGGCUCAGAUAUGCAAGUUGGAACUUAUAUAGAAAAAAUGUUUUUAUCUGAAUUAAGUGGUAAUGUGAUUGAUUUAUGCCCAGUUGGUGCCUUAACUAGUAAACCGUACUCUUUUACUGCACGCCCCUGGGAAACUCGGAAAACUGAUAGUGUUGAUGUUCUUGAUGCACUUGGAAGUAAUAUUGUUGUAUCUACUCGUGCAGGAGAUGUAAUGAGGAUUUUACCAAGGCUUAAUGAGGACAUUAACGAAGAGUGGUUAUCAGAUAAAUCACGUUUCUCGUAUGAUGGUCUUAAACGCCAAAGACUUGUAACCCCUAUGGUAAAGAACAAUGAAGGUAAUUUAGUAUCCGUUGAAUGGGAAGAUGCUUUAGUUGCUGCUUCGAAAGUUUUAAUGAAAGCUAAUGGAAAUAUUGUGGGUGUAGCUGGAAGCUUAUCUGAUGCUGAAUCAAUGGUGUCAUUGAAAGAUUUACUUAAUAGGUUAGGUAGUGAAGAAUUGUAUACUGAAAAACCUUUCCCUAUUAGUGGUUCUAGUACAGAUUUAAGAUCAUCAUAUCUUUUCAAUACAAGUAUUUCUGGAUUGGAACAAGCUGAUCUAGUACUUUUAGUUGGUACAAAUCCACGUUAUGAAGCACCUUUAAUUAACACACGUAUCCGUAAAGGAUAUGUUCACAAUGAAUUAGAUGUUGCCUUACUAGGCCCUAAAGUAGAUUUGUCUUAUGAUUAUGAGCAUUUAGGAGAAUCAUCUUCUACUCUCAAAGAAUUGGUAGAUAAGAAACAUGCAUUCUUCACAAGAUUAACCAAAGCAAAACGUCCAGUAAUUAUUUUAGGAGCACAGCAGUUUGAAGGGGAACAAGGCAGUGUUCUUUUAGCUCAAGCUCAAAAACUGGCUAAAGAAUUAGAAAAAAGUGCUGAAAAAGGAUGGCGAAUUUUAAAUGUAUUACAACAAGUGGCAGGACAAAUAGCAGCAUUGGAUCUAGGCUAUAAAUCUAACCUUAAUGUAGGUACUCCUAAAGUUUUAUAUCUUUUAGGUGCUGAUAGUGAGGCUGUAAUAAAAAGUAAAUCUUCUGGAACAACUAUUAUUUAUCAAGGUCAUCAUGGUGAUGCUGGUGCAGCAAUUGCUGAUAUAGUUUUACCAGGAGCUGCUUACACUGAAAAACAGGCAACUUAUGUUAAUACUGAAGGUCGUGCACAACAAACAUUAAUGGCAGUACAACCACCAGGAAUGGCACGUUCUGAUUGGAAAAUUAUUAGAGCGAUAUCUGAGAUUGUCGGUACAAAGUUACCUUAUGAUACUUUAAAUGAAGUACGAGACCGUUUAACUGAUGUCAGUCCUAAUUUGACAAGAUACAAUGACUUAGAACAAGCUAAUUUCUUAGCACAAUCAUGUGAUCUAUCUAAAGAUUUAGCAUCAAAAUGUAUUAAUUCACCUUUAAAACUAAAACAAAUAGAACUAGAAGAUUUUUAUAUGACUGAUUCUAUUAGUCGAGCUUCACCAACCAUGGCUAAAUGUGUACAAGCGGUUAAAAAACAAAAAGAAUCUAAAUACUAUGAAAAUCGUAUUAGCAAUUAAUUAAUUUUAUAAUUUAAUGUACAAAGAAUUGCUGAAGACACUACAUGUUACAACUUUUGAUUAUAGAAACAAAAUUUAAAUUUGAAUUUUAAACAAGAUAAGUAUAUUAAUAUUUGAAUUCUGUAAAAGUUCUUAGUAGAGUUACAGCAUAUUUGUUAAUUAUUUUUAUUUAAUAUUUUAUUGUGAAACAAGUGCAAACACAAAAAAAAAUGUUUCUAAUAAACUUAUUUAGAGAAAUUUA